CCCUCAUCUGAUGUGGGGCUUUUUGCUUAUGGCAGACGCAAAAUCUACCAAUUUUCGUAGCACGUUCAGAAAAUCCCGCCAUUGUUGAUGAACUACCCCAUGAAAGGUUUUACGAUCAACUUGCCGACCUUUUCCACUACAAAAGGGGGUCAAACCAAAUGCCACUUAACUAUAUUAUACACAAGUUUACAAGUUUCUCCCAUGGAUUCUCUUUGCUUCUCCUGUGAACAAGAAGGUGUGUACUUAUAUGCCUACCUCAAGGCUAAUGGCUUAGAAUUGGUGCCUCUGUUUUAGUCCUCUGUUUCAUCAAUUUGAGGGAGACUAUAGGAGGCCGUGGCCGCCAUGAAAUCAUGCACUGUGGCCUUGGUUGCUUUCUUGCUCGUGAUCUGUUUGAGCUGUUUUGGGAAGGCUGCUAAUCAAAAGGGGAUUGGAGCUUCUUUUAUCUUUGGUGAUUCUCUGGUUGAUGCCGGGAACAAUAAUUACCUUCCAACGUUGUCCAAGGCAAAUAUAUCACCUAAUGGAAUCGAUUUUAAAGCUUCUGGAGGAAAGCCUACAGGCCGGUAUACCAAUGGGAGAACCAUUGGUGAUAUUGUAGGAGAAGAAUUGGGAACAGCAAACUAUGCUGUCCCAUUUUUGGACCCGAAUUCCACUGGGAAAGCGAUGUUAUCUGGUGUGAAUUAUGCAUCAGGAGGAGGAGGAAUUAUGAAUGCGACUGGAAGAAUAUUUGUUAAUCGGCUUGGAAUGGACAUUCAAAUUGAUUAUUUUAACAUCACUAGAAAACAGUUUGACGAUUUGUUGGGUCGAUCAGAGGCCAGAGAUUACAUAAUGAAGCAAUCAAUCUUUUCAAUCACAAUUGGAGCAAACGAUUUUCUAAACAACUAUCUACUUCCAGUCCUCUCCAUUGGAGCAAGAAUUUCUGAAAGCCCAGAUGGUUUCGUCAAUGACAUGAUCGAGCAUCUAAGGGGCCAACUUACUAGGCUUUACCGGCUAGAUGCCCGGAAGUUCGUCAUCGGGAACGUUGGGCCGAUAGGCUGCAUACCUUAUCAAAAGACAAUAAAUCAGUUAACGGAAGACGAGUGUGUGGACUUACCUAACAAGCUAGCUGUUCGAUACAAUGCCCGGUUGAAGGAUUUGCUCACUGAACUCAACGACAACCUCCCUGGAGCCACCUUUGUUCUUGCAAACGUCUAUGAUCUGGUCUUGGAGCUCAUCACCAAUUAUAAACAACACGGAUUUACAACCGCAAGCAAAGCAUGUUGUGGAAAUGGAGGCCAGUUUGCGGGGAUAAUACCGUGCGGGCCUACAUCUAGUAUGUGCUCGGACCGCAACAAGCAUGUGUUUUGGGAUCCCUAUCAUCCGAGCGAGGCUGCCAACCUUAUAAUUGCCAAGCAAUUGAUCAAUGGAGACACAACGGUCAUCUCUCCUAUGAAUCUCAAACAACUUCGAGAUCACUGAUUUUCAUUUUCAUGACACUUCUUGUCUACCAGUUUGCACUAUCUCCUUUGAACAUUACCCAAUAUCUUGUUUGAAGUAUUGCUCCUUAAUAAAGUAU